GGUGAAUAAAGCCGUGGACCGGAUGGCAUACACCCACGGGGGCCUUAAAGAAGGGGGGGGGGGCGGUGGACGUGGUAUACUUGGACAGAGGGGGGGCGGUGGACGUGGUAUACUUGGACAGAGGGGUGGCGGUGGACGUGGUAUACUUGGACAGAGGGGGGGGGGCGGUGGACGUGGUAUACUUGGACAGAGGGGGGGGGGCGGUGGACGUGGUAUACUUGGACAGAGGGGGGGGGCGGUGGACGUGGUAUACUUGGACAGAGGGGUGGCAGUGGACGUGGUGUACUUGGACAGAGGGGGGGGCGGUGGACGUGGUAUACUUGGACAAAGGGGUGGCAGUGGACGUGGUAUACUUGGACAGAGGGGGGGGUGGUGGUGGACGUGGUAUACUUGGACAAAGGGGUGGCAGUGGAUGUGGUAUACUUGGACAGAGGGGUGGCGGUGGACGUGGUAUACUUGGACAGGGGUGGCGGUGGACGUGGUAUACUUGGACAGAGGGGUGGCGGUGGACGUGGUAUCCCUGGGACAGAGGGGUGGCGGUGGACGUGGUAUACUUGGACACAGUAAAGUCUAUGGGCUGGAAAUAUCUGUAUAGAGUAGUGGAUAAUGAUUCAUACUCUGAAUGGUUUAGGGUGUCAGUGGGGUACCCCAGGAUUCAGUGUUAUUAGUGG